AUGACUGGCAUUCGUACCACGAUCAAUCCCAACAGUCCUGAUAAUUUCAGCUUUUGUGGGGGUGUUCUUAUCACCCCCACUCAUGUCUUAACAACGGCAUCGUGCACUACAGUGGCUAAGGCGAAUUAUGUAUCGGUUGGUGCUCAUUAUAUUAACGGUAACAACGACGGUGAUGAGAUAAAGGUCAAAAAUAUCACAAACCACCCGAGAUAUAAUCCUGCGACUCUUGCAAAUGACUUUGCCGUGUUAACGCUAGCGAAACGUAGCAAGUUCACACCAAUAGGGCUUCCGAAACCUGGUAGUUUGGGCAUUCAAAGUGGUGCGUGGGCAAUGGCAAUGGGCUGGGGUCUCACGUCCGCUGACGGUAUGGCCUCUCUUGAGCUCCUUCAAGUGGGUCAGCAGGUGAUUACCAAUGAGGCGUGUCGUACGGCGCUUACGAGCUCCACUAUCGGACCGUCCCACGUAUGCGCUGGUGGUGUGGAAGGCAAGUCUCCGUGCCAGGGAGACACGGGUGGUCCAUUGAUCAGAACGAAUUCUGUCAAAGACAGCGAUGACGUUCUAAUUGGUUUGAUCAGUGGCGGUGGAACCAAUGGCUGUGGCACCAAGGGGUUCCCCACCAUUUACGCACGUGUGUCGUCCGCGGUAGCGUGGAUUAACUCUGUUACUAAAGCCAAAUAG